AUGAAUAAUGCAAAGAAUACUAGCACACCUCUUCCAAGUCUGCUUCAGCUUUCAUCAAAUCAAAGUCCUAAUACAAAAGAAUAUGAAUACAUGAGUCAAGUGCCUUACUCUGCAACUGUGGGAUCAAUAAUGUAUUCGAUGGUUAGCACCAGACUUGACUUAGCUUACUCAAUCAGCAUUCUCAAGACGUACAUGUCAAACCAAGGUGAUAAAGAUUCAAGAAAGUCUACUAUUUCUUAUGUUUUCAUGAUCUCAAGGAAGUGUGUUAGUUUGAAAUCUCAGCUUCAGCCUAUGAUUAAUCUAUCUACUAUGGAGGUUGAGCAUGUUGCUGCUACAGAAGCCAUCAAGGAGGCCCUUUGGAUACAAGGUGAAGAAGUUGGUGUUAGAGAAUCUAAUAGCUGCCAAUUCAUUGCACUCCUGCAGAAGAAUAAGAAAAUCUACUCUAAUUUUUGUUUUGAUAAUGAGCUUGAGAAGACGCACGAGUUUGAGAGAUGGAGAUCCGGCUGGGUUCUGGGUUCGUCAGAUGGAGAUGCAGCUGAAGAAUGGUGA